UGAGGCGUUCGCAACUCGAGAGCUUUGGAUUUCGCACCGCGCACGAGCGUUUAGUUUACGUAUAUCGCAGUCGGAUUCACAUUCGCGUAUUUCGUAUAUCCGUGCUUGUUGUUUCCCAGCGCGUGUGUGUCACUGUGUGUGUGUGUGUGAGUGGCGGAGUGUGUAGCUGUGUGUGUGUGACGACUACACGCGCAACGAAAGCGAAAGUUUUGUUUGGCGCGCGUGUUGCCAUUGGCGUCUGCGAAUUUGCAAACACACACGUUCCCAACCUAGAAUAGAUUAAAAGCGUGUGAAAACAAAUAAUAAAAAAAAAAGAAAGAUAAUGUUCAUUAUUCCCAAUGAGGGUGCAUUAAAUUAAGGGAAUCUAGAGCGGAAGAAACACGACAUCAACAUAAUUUCUGCAAAGACCCGCUUAAAUACACGCUGCCAAAAAAAAGACUUUCCAAGAGAUGGCGCCCACCAUAUGUUCGGAGAAAAAACAGCUGGCGGAAACGAGGCGACAUCACGGCGUGGCCACAGCCGCCAUUUCAUCCUCAACCGCAGCCACAGAAUCCUCGUCCUCAUCCGCAAGACCCACAUCUGCAACUGCCGCCACGCAAGCCAGCUCGGUGCUCAAUUAUGUGGCCAAAGGUUCAAUGACCUCGUCGAGUCGCCGUCGCCCAGCGAGAUUGCAACGAAAGAUGCCGCACAUCCUGGCCCGUUUGACGUCCUCCUCCACGGACACCAGCAGCGGCGUGGAAACGGAGGUGGAGAUGGAUUCCGAACAACGGAUGCAGCUAGAUGAGGACAGCUUUUCGACUGCCAGGAUUCAGUUCCAGCAGCAACAGCCACAUUCCAGCGGCGUCAGCAACAUCAAGACAGUAUUACAGCCGACGACGGCCAGUGGAUAUAGCAACAAACACAACCGAUCGGCUGCGGCCAAACACUGUGAUGAGGUGCCAGUCCGCUUGGAGGACGAUGACGCCGACAGCGGGUACGAGUACAGCCAGGAUCCGAUAAAGGAGCAGCAUCUGUAUCAUCAGAACAGCGAUGGCCUGCUGUCCAUUGCCAUCAAGACUAUCAAGUUGGUGCAGCGCAACAAGCUGCUGCAAAAGCGACUGGCCCAACUGCAGCUCGAGACCUCGGAGUUCAUUGCCUCGGUGCUGGCCAAUCCGGAAAACCGCCAGUUCCGCGAAAAAAUCUCGCCCAAAGCCGAGGCUAAGGUCAGCAACAUGUUGCUGCGCCACUAAGCAGGCGGUUUUUUCUUUGAUCUGGAAAAACUAAAAAAUUAAAGCCCCAUAUCUGGACGAGGGACAGAGUGCAUAGUUUAAAAAACCUAUUUCAAUUCCAUGAGAAUUAUUUUUAUGUGAUAAUUUAUGAAAUCGCAGUAUGCAAAUCGUAAACUCGGUUUGGCAACAUGAUGCUGCAACAUUGGGAGGGCGCUAAAAAUAAUAUUGCCUACUUAUGGGCUGCCCAUGUAAAAUGCAAAUUUACAUGGAAAAUGUAUGUAAAAUCAAAUUAUUUUAAUUGAGAUAUCAAAAGAUAAAUUAAAAUAAAAUAUAAUUUAGCUGCCUGUAUGUUAUAAUAUUUUCAUUGCUUAAUAUAUUUUUUUUUUCUCUAAUUUAUGUAUUCCCACUCCGACAAAGCACUUCCAACAAACGAAAUCAACUUUUUCCCACGUCCAGGGAAGUUAUUUUUGAGGGGCUUAGUUUGAAAUAAAUCGUACUGAUUAAAUUUAUAAAAAAUGCAUCAAAGUUUAACAAUUACAAUAUACAACAUAAAACAGAAAUCGCUAUGCUAACAUUUACAAAAAUAAAAUAUUUAUAUAAAUCCAAAAAGUCCAAAAGUGUAUCUGUAGUCGUUAAGUACAUUUUAUGUUUUGCAGUUUCUACACUCAAGAAUUAAUUAAUAAUAAAUCUACAUAAACAUAUAUCUAGAAAAAACCCAGGCAUAAUCAAUGAAACCCUACGACGCUUUUCGCUUUAUACAACAAAUAGUUUUAGUGAAACUUGAUUGACGUGCAAAGCAAUUGGUUUAAACAAAAACAAAUACGUAAUUGAUUUUCGGUAUUAGUACAUUAACCGAUAUAAUUCAAUGAAUAUGCCUAGUAUAUGAGUAUAUCGGAAUUAUCAAAAUGCCGCAAAGCAACGCAAAUCAAAGCAAAACCAAAAUACAAUCUAACUCCAAAGCAAAUCUUUUCAAUUCUAAAACUUUACAUGAACUCAACUUAACUGGUAUUUUCCCUUUACAUACUUAAAAGAAUAUCAAAUCGUCAAACUCACCACAGAAGUUUUCAUCAAUAAAAUUAGUGACAAAUUAAACAUA